GACAUGUUCACUUCCGGGAAAAACAGCAGCCUUUUCAGCGCUGGAUGUGGUGCAAACAAGGUCGUUGUUAUUAUCAUCGCUGUUGUCCACUUUAGAAAAGAAGUCAUCGCUAGAGUUGUUAAAAUCCACGAUUAAUCGCAAUAACAGCAAAUAACACACAUACAUCAAGGGGCAUAAAUUCAGUAUGGACGUCAUUGAAACCAUUGUCACAGAAAGCAUUGAUGUGGAGGAAUCAACUACAACAAUUUCGACUUUAGAGACUGAAAAGUCAAAAACAGAGUUUGUGUGGACACUACAAGCAACAUGGCAUCUAGUCCAUGUCCGCCUGGACAUGGACCAAGAGUUUGACCAGCCUGUGUGCAAAAAGAAGAAGCUGUGGGAGACUGUGGCUGACAGAGUUACUGCAAAGUUAAGAGCCGAUGGCUGCACAGAUGUUCCAGUCAAAGCCUUCGAAUGCGAUCUGAAAUGGAGGAACAUGCUAGCAACAUACCGCAAAAAUGCUGAACGUGCCAAAAGACUGGGCACUAAUAGCGUACACUGGGAGUUCUUCAAGGAGAUGCAUGAGGUGCUGGGCAGAAGCUAUGAAGAAAUGGAGGCGCAAAGGAAAGCAAAGCUUAAUGGCACUAAGCUUGGCAGGGCAAUAGCCAGUAAACGAUUUACCCCAAUCCUACCCACACCCACUGCAGCCACAGCUACACAAGUAACCAACACCAAGCCCCCUAAUGAUCUGCUGCAGUUGUACCUGGAGCUGCAGGAGAGGAAACUGAACAUGUGGGCUCAGCAAAAAGCUCUAGAGGAGAGGAAGAUUGAGGCCAUCAAUAAUUUGGCACGUGCAAUUACUUGUCUGUGCCAGGACAAUACACUGAAAAUGGCCAAAGAAUAUGUCGAGUCAGAACUCACUGUUCCUGAAAAUAAGAAUUAGAUUAUAGGAGUGUAUUUAGAGAGAAGACAUAUCAUGUUAAAUCCCCCUAUGAGUCAAAUCUUAUAACUGAUGUAACAAAAUUAAUAAUGCUCCAUCAAUACUGCAGUUUUUCUUUCUUCCAUUAAAGGGAUAGUUCACCCAAAAAUGAAAAUUCUGUCAUCAUUCACUCACUCCCAUGUUGUUACUGAUGAACACAAAGGAAGAUAUUUUGAUAAAUGUUUGUAACCAAACCAUUUGUGGACCAUUCACUUCCAUAGUUUUUUUUCCUACCGUGGAAGUGAAUUGGGUCCACGGACAGUUUAGUUAAAAACAUUUCUUAAAAUAUCUUCCUUUGUGUUCAUCAGAACAAAGAAAUUUAGACGGGUUUGUAACAACAUAAGAGUUAAUGAUGACAGAAUAUUCAUUUUUGGGUGAACUAUACCUUUAAUCACAAAAUAUUGGUUAAUAUUGCUGUGCAGUUUAACUUGUCUCAUUCAUGAACCAAAUAAAAACCAAGCUGUACAUGGUAUUUUUUGUGUUUUAAUAAAAAACAAACCAAUACAAAAUGUGUUCAUCAGA